UUUCUCAGCUUUCACAUGAGAGCCGCAACUUGACAUCUUGACUCCAACUUCUUUUGUUGCAGCUACCCGACAUCGCAUCAACAACCAAAACAAAGCUUUGGCUUAUCGACAAAAUAAAUCUUCGCCAUGGAUUUCAAGAACUUUGGCAAGAACAUCACCUCUCUUGGUGCAUCGUUCACGCCAUUCGCUUCGCGCACCUUCCAGUACACCAAGGAGCAGCUUGGGCAAGUCGAGGACAAGACCCAACUUCCUCCCGACUACAUUGACCUCGAGAAGCGGGUGGACGCGCUCAAGGCCGUCCACCAGAAGAUGCUGGCUGUCACCAACCAAUAUGCCACUGAGGCCUACGACUACCCGCCCAACAUCAAGGAGACGUUCUCUGACCUCGGCCGCACCGUCAGCGAGAAGGUGACGCUCCUCUCGUCGGCCACCAGCCCUGCCGAGGCCCAGGCCGCCCUCACGGCGCCCCCUAGCGCGAAGCCUCAGCCCAAGACCUUCUCGCACGCCAUUGCUCGCGCAUCGCUGGCCAGCAGCCAGACGCUGCACCAGACACACGCAGAUGCCGGCGAGGACCCCCUGGCCACGGCGCUUGAGAAGUACGCCCUGGCUCAGGAGCGCGUGGGCGAGGCUCGCCUGGCUCAAGACAACCAGAUUCAGCGCAGCUUCCUGGCCGGCUGGAACACGACGCUCAACACUAACCUGCUGUUUGCCACACGCGCCCGCAAGAACGUUGAGAACUCGCGCCUGAGCCUGGACGCUGCCAAGGCUCGCGCCAAGGGUACCACAUGGAAGCUGCCCGCGACCACGUCGCCGCGCGGUGACGCCGCGGCGCACCACGAGGAGCCGGAGCUCAGCCCUGAGGCGCAGGAAGAGAUCGAGAAGGCGGAAGAUGAGUUUGUCACGCAGACCGAGGAGGCCGUUGGCGUGAUGAAGAAUGUCCUUGACACCCCCGAGCCGCUCCGCAACCUUGCCGAGCUUGUGGCUGCACAGAUGGAGUACCACAAGAAAGCUCACGAGAUCUUGUCAGAAUUGGCUCCCCUGAUUGAGGGACUGCAGGUUGAACAGGAGGCGAGCUACCGUAAGAGCCGUGAGAGCGCCUCUUGAAUGUAAACCCUCCGGGGGGCAUAAGACAAUAAUACAGUUGUCAAGAGUUGGGUGUGACACGCCAUCUGGCAAAACUUUCUCUUUAGGGCUGUUUGGGUUCUUGUAGCUUGGUUUGCCAAAGGAUCUUUGCCGUGCUAAAACAGGAGCUCACCCGAACCGCAGUAGCCUAGACUUGUGGCCUGCAUUGCGGUAUUAAACGUGCGGAAGUGGGACGAGGCAUCCCAUUGGCGUUUUACUGGCAGUGUCUUAUUUUUGUUCGCCUAGUUUGUUAUUUAUUGGAUCUAGAUAUCACAAAUGCCCGAUGCAUUAUUAGCAGUAUCGAGAGGGGGGUAUUUUUUUUUAAGAGAGCAAAGAUGUGUUUUGAAGGUAAUCUUUAUUUGUAUUACUUGCCUUAAGUAUCUACUACGCAGGAACCUAUAAUUACCAUGUACCUCUGUAGGGUAGCAAUACGGACGAUUGUUUGGACGCCACAUGUGGCGUCAUAACUCACCA